AGCCCAGGAGCCCAGCUCGCCUCCCUCCAGGUGCCCUACUGCCCAAGCGGUGCCAUCACUCGGAGACCCCUCAGGACACAGCCAAGGCAAGGGCACUUCCAGGACCUGCAUCUUCUCACCAGGAUGAACCUGCUGCUUUCCUGGCAGCUGAUGCUUCUCCUUUGUGCCACCUCCUUCAUGGAGACAUUAGAAAAGGUGGUGCCCAUGGAGAAUCCUAGAACCACAGGCUCGCAGCUCGGACCCGCGACGCUCCAGGCGCCCUGGGAGCAGAGCCCGCGGUGCGCGGCGGAGAAGCCCGCAGCAGCCGGGCCUCGGCCUCGGGGGGCCGCGCUGUGCCCUCCUGAGAGCUCCGCGGGCCCCCAGCGGCCGGGCCCGUGCGCCCCCCGCAGCCGCCUGAUCCAGGCCCCGAGGGGCGCGGUGCUGGUGCAGCGGGAAAAGGACGUGUCCGCCUACAACUGGAACUCCUUUGGUCUGCGCUACGGCAGGCGGCAGGCGGCGCUGCCCGGGGGCCGCGGUGCCGCGCGGGGCUAAGCGCGGAGGUGGGGCCUUCACCUCCAGGCCCACCCGGGCCGGAGCCGGGCGGGCAGGGCAGGGCUGUCGACCUGCAGUUUGUGUCCCGAAGCAAUAAAGGAAAUACUGCCGACUCA